GUUUUAAAAUAAACUGGCAGCAUUGCCAGGAGUUCGACUCUCGAGUUAAAGGCGUUGGGUGUGUUGUUUACCCCAGUUUUAUGGAUAAAUCGGAAAUUAAAACAAAUUCAGGCACCUAAUGCCUUUUUCAUUGAUUUUAAAAUUGAAUUUCUGCAAAUCUGACGCAUCUCACUGACAGCUGUGAACUCGUUUUUCCUCGAACGGAAAAUUGUCAGUGUGUAAGUGAGAUUGGGAGCGAGACGAGUUCCGGCGAGUUCAUACGCCACCCUUUUCCCCCGCAGGAAUUAUCAGCUGUUAUUGUUUGGCUUUCGUGGCAUCAAGCCUUUUUUUGCAACAUUCUGAUAAGCGGGAGUUUCUUCUAGUUGGUCUUUAUCAAGGAAAUCGAAUGGCAGACAAAGGCCUGGCGAAACGGCUUUCGAUGGCCUCUUCGUCCAAGGGCCGGAUGAGCUUGCCCUCGGGCAUAGGUGGAGCAGCUGCUGCUGGGGCAUCUCCUGGUUCCCGAUUGCCGACUCCCAGAGCCACAGGAACUGCCCCGGUUGGGAUUCCGUCCCCGGGAUCGCCGGGAGAGAUUCCACUGGUUCCAUAUAUCAAGACGUGCGACAACGGAAAAGUGCUUCCAAAAUACACUGCGACUUUAACCAGUACCACAGAAGAUUUGGUACUGGCCGAGGAUUUGGAUAUGGUUCAACUGGAACUGGAAUUAUUGCUGUCCACGGUUGCACUUCGCUACAGGGUGCUGAGAAGUGAAUUUGAUACCAUUGACAAAAGCGAUGAACGUCGGGAACGCAAAGGAAAAUUCCUGGAUAAAGCUCCUUGCUCACCGGGGAAGAAAAAGCGCCUGGAUGAGAAACUGAAACUACGAGAAAGUGCCGGUAAACUUUUCGGCCACCAUAUGAAGUUCUCAAAGUUGAAGAAUUCGUCCAUGAUUCCGCCAUCUCCAGCUCCUUCGCAGCACACCGACGAUAGCAUGGAUGCAGUUCCCUUUUUGCCUCACAACCAUCACUUGCAACACAUCCUGAACAGUACAGAUCAUCCAAAGUUGAUGCUGCCCAAGAAUGAUACACCGAACAAAUUUUGGAUGUCGGUGGAACCUUACUGUAUGCCAAUCUCUCACGAGGAUCUCAAAAUGUUGGACGAUUUGUUGGAGGAAUAUUCGGGCCCGCUUAUUCCACCAAUCCCAGAACUAGGUCCACAUUACAGUACCCAAUGGGCGGCCGACGAUAUUAAGGAAGAACAGGAUAACUCCAAAAAGGUUAAAGGUCUCACUAAUGGAGACAUCGGCAAGAAAGAGAAAGUUAUGGGUGAAGGAAUAACCGGUCCUUUGACGCAACGUUUAGUUUCGGCUCUGAUGGAAGAGAAUCUGUUGCCGGAUGGAAUUAGCACUAGCAAUGAGAAUAGCAACAGCAGCUCCGAUUUGGGGCAUAGCCAUUCGCGGAGCGCCAUCUCUUUGCUAAAGAAUGGAAUCAACAUUGAACGGCGUCUCCGGAAGGAGUUGAUUGAACAGGGUAUUUUGGACGACGACGAUAUGCCUCGGGGACAACAUGAUGAUGAAAUUUUGUCCGAAAUUAAUAGAGUUCGUACCGAGAUAGCCGUCAUUGCCGAGUACAACUCGAACGAGAUUAGAAAGCUGCAAUCCAUGGCACAGGAUGAGAUGAAGCGUAUCGAGGUAAAGAGAAAGCUGGAUCGUGUUGAUCAGGAGAUAAUCGAGAGUUUCAAAAAGAUUUUGGCUGCCCGGCUGAAGCGGCGUCCUCUCACCAAACAGGAACGGGAUGAGGCAUAUCGGUUGGUGGAAGAGCAGAAACGUUUGUCGGAUCAGUUGGAGCGAAUGCCCGUCCAUGGACCCUUUGCUGGAAAGUGAAACCAAACACUUUCCUUGAAAACAAAUGAAAAAAGCAAUUGAUGAAUUUCUUCUUUCAAAAUCUUUACAUUAGAAGGGUAAAAUCAAAUGAAAAAAUAUUGUUCACUAAACUCUAUCUAAAAUAUCCAAUGUAAUAUAUUUGCUAAUAAAUAGAUUCCCAUACCAGGGAACUCCGAUCAAA